UUUCUGUCAUCCGUCCACAAUCUCCUGGUCUUUCUUUGUCUGGUUGCUUUUCUGUCAUCCGUCCACAAUCUCCUGGUCUUUCUUUGUCUCCAUUUCCCAAACUCUCUUUCCUUUUUCUAUUCGUACACUACCCCUCCCCUCUCUCUCUUUUGUUCCCUCUUCGGUAUGUUGUUGUGCCUCUCUCGUCCCAUAGUCCACAGUGCAAGGCUGUCCUGUACUGUUCUGACCAGUGUUCCCAGGCAGACCAGAUCCGCUGUCCAGAGGAUGCCAGUCACCAGCACUGGUGUGAAAAACUGUCCCGCUACAUGAGCCACGACUCACAGCUUGCCGAGCUGCCGUUCAGCUACGCCGCAGAGGUGACAGCUGUUGAUUUCGACCUGGAACACUUCCUGAAUAAGAAUAAAUUGGACAGUGGCUACUGGGUACACUGGAGCCUCCUGGUGCGCUCCCCCAGAUAUGAGCUCCAUCCCACAGUGGAACAGUCCAGACAUCAAUACCCCCACUGGUUCACAGGUCACAGUGAGCCCUUUGGACCCCUGAAAAGGGAGGGAGAUAUCCUGCUCUGUAGCCCAGCUCCUCAUGCAGUCCCCAGCGUCACCAAACCGAUGGGCUUCAGACCGGCGAUCCUGCUUCAGGAGUCGUGGCUCAGUAUACUCCCUAGGCUCCAGUCCCUGAGGGUUCCAGCCUACUUCUGUGAGGUCGGAGAGUUGAGCUGUGAGUGCAGCCAGCAGGUGAUGAGUCAGGCCACCGGGGGCACCCUCUCCCCUCCACACGUCAACCCCUUCCACUGCCCCCUGCGUAUCACUGGAGGAGAUAACAUGCUGCCCUGGUAUUCCAAUGCCUUCAUCUUCCAUCUGAGGUACAAGCCCCUACAUAGUGAGAAACGACCUUCUGUGGCCUACCCCAAAGCCCCGCCUCUGCAGGUAGAGCCGGCCAAUCAGGAACCUGACUACCCUGUGAAGAUGAGUCGCAGGGAUAGGAAGCAGGCCGCCCGCAAUAUGCCCCGCAAACGCAAAUGAUGAUAACGACAUGCACACAUGUACGCACUCAAACACAAACAAUACACACUGGCACACACACACACACACUGGCACACACACACACACACAGUGGCACACACACA